GGGAGGGGGAUGUUGGCUCCGCGUGCGCGCUCCCGUGCCGGAAUAUGCGCGUCAUGCUGAGUGACUGCUGACUGGCGAGGCAACAUGUCCACCACAGCCGCUGCUCAGCAGAACAACAACGAAGAAGCAGGACUUAACGGGUCCUGGGUGGAACUAGAGAUGAAUGGGAACACAGCCCCCUCCUUGCAGCUCCUGCAGCAGGCAGCCCAGAACGCUGCGCUGGCAGCCAACGGGAACGAGGGGGAGACGGCUCCCCCUGCAGGCCUGGAGGUGGUGCAGGAGGAGGAGGCGGAGGAGGUGCUGACGGGGGGGCUAGAGCAUGUGCCCUCCUCCUCCUCCAUCCACAACGGGGACAUGGAGAAGAUCCUGCUGGACGCACAGCACGAGUCCAGUCCCAGCAGCUCCUCCUGCAACAGCCCCCCCAGACCUCACAGCCCAGACCAGGACCAGGACGACGAACAGAUCACUUUUGAUGUGGACAUGCCCAGUGGCAGAGAGAGUCAGUCUGACGACGAUUCUACAGAGAAGGACAGAGAGGAGGACAUCCUCAUGAACAAGGGGGCAGACUGGGUAGCAGACUGGUCGAGCCGGCCUGAGAACAUCCCUCCAAAGGAGUUCCACUUCAGGCACCCGCGGCGCUCUGUGACUCUGAGCAUGCGUAAGAGCGGUGUGAUGAAGAAGGGGGGCAUGUUCUCCGCCGAGUUCCUCAAAGUGUUCAUCCCCUCCCUCCUGCUCUCCCACAUCCUGGCUCUGGGCAUCGGAGUGUACAUCGGGAAGAGGCUGACCACACCCUCCACCAGUUCCUUCUAAACCCCCAACCAAAACAGUGCCUGGACGUUCUCGUACUCACAUGCACACACACAUAUACACACACAUAUGCACGCACACACACAUGCUAGCACCUGGACGUUCUCGUACACACACACACGCUAGCGCCUGGGCGUUUUCUUGGAAGCAGCUGUGUCAUUGAGUUGUGUUGAUCUCCACUCUUGUUAGAAACACCCCUUCCUCCUUGUCUCAUGAUCUUCCAUUUCUCUCUCUCUCUCUCUGUCUCUCUCUCUCUCUCUCUCUCUGUCUGUCUCUCUCUAUCUCCCUCCCCAGGUCAACCCUCACUAGUCCUGUUGGCAUAGCAACAGCACAUCUAACAUCAGAUAACUUUGAUUGUUUGUGUUUUUGUUUUUGUUGUUCUUGGCCUCUCGUUUGCUUCAACAGAUUUGCUUUCUGCUGAUGUUGCAGGUGUCGUAUGUGAAAGUGUGUGUGUGUGUUCAUUGGGGUGUGUGUCUAGUAGGUGUCGUAUGUGAAAGUGUGUGUGUGCUCACCUUCCGUCAAUCUCACGCUCAUAGACAGGUCAGCAGGCUCUACACACACACACACACACACACACACACACACAGUGAGACCAUCUUGGCUGGAGUGUGUGUGUGUAUGUCUGUAAGAACAGAACUACGGAAGACACACAGGGCCCAGGAAUAGCACAGCACAGACACAAGAAUACAUUUGUUCAGUAAAAACCUCUUUGUCUGUGCUAGAUCCCACAGCCCCCCUGAUACCUCUAGAUCCCACAGGUGUAGGCCCAGACCACUUCGGAUCUCCAUCAGAGUGUGUGAGAUGAGGGUGAAGCGGAGUGUGUCUGCUUGCUGCGGCUGUGUGUGUGUGUGUGUGUGUGUGUGGUGUGUGUGUGUGUGUGAGGUGUGUGUGUGUGUGUGUGUGUGUGGUGUGUGUGAGUUGGUGCUAAAGCUGCGAGACCCCAACAGGCACUGGUGGCUUCAGCAUGUCCCUGCACCCAGGCCUGUAAAACUCGUGUGCACCUGUGUGUGUGUGUGUGUGUGUGUGUGUGUGUCUAGAACUCGUGUGCGCCUGAGUGUGGCGCUCACCGCCAGCUGGACGUUACUGACCAGAUAGCUUACUGCAGAACUGCAGUCUGGUGUGUGUUAGAGCGUAGACCUUCUGUUCUCGCUCGCACAUCUACACACACCUGAUCUCCCUCGCUGGUUCUACACACACCUGCAUGCACGCGCUUGCUUACGGCGUUUCACGGACAAUGUGUGUGUGUGUGUUCGUUACUUUAUGCGUUUUUUGUAAAAAUAUGACAUUCUGUUGCUGACACACUAAACUGCAGCAUCUAAGCAUUCCAUUUGCUACUUAGUUUACUUGUGUGGAGAUGUUUGUUUUUGUUUGUCAAGCUGUGUGCUGUAAACAUGUCACCCCCCCCCCCCCCCCCCCAACCUACACACACACACUCACACACUCAGACACACACACACACGCUGCCUGCACCCGAUGUCAGGAUGUCCACCAGUCAAACUGUGACCUGCAGAGAAGGCUCACUGUGCAGUUUUGAGAGGACAUUGAGAGCUGCUCUUUUUGUUUUCUUUUGUUUUGUUUGUGCUGUUUUGUUUUUGUGUUUAUUUUGUUUUCCUGUGAUGUGCCUAAAGCCUUUGUUUGCCCUCCAUUGCAUGUUUGUGUAUUGCAUCUUGUGAAGUGUCCAUAGGGAGUUAUGAACUUGGGGACGAACUGUGAAUGACGUGCAGCCAGCGUGUAGCUCCAAACAGCAAGAUAAACUAGCCGGCCCCAGCCCUGGGAGCUGCUCGGUCCGGCCCCGAUGUGGCCUUUAUGCGGCCCCGGUCCGGCAGCUGUCCAGGUGGCCUGUGGGGUAGGAAACCUGAUAUGAAUCUCCAUUACGCACACCAUCGUCUGUGUAGUUUUAUUUUUGAUUAGAAGAUGAUUAGAAAAGAAGACGCACAACAUUGUGUUUGUGUUUUAUUUUCCUUUGAAGGUGUUUUAGAAAGGAGGACUGACGGAUUCGCUUGGAGGGCAGGGCCCUCGUGAGUUACCCAGAAUGCUUUGUGUUUCUUUUAUCCAGUAAUGCGGAUGGUGGCUAUUAUGAAUCGAGCUUUGUAGUUUCUUUUGUUUUUCACAUAUUGGGAAGGUAAACUGACAUUAAAGAUCCAAAUGCAA